AUGGUCGCGCCCGCUGUCCCAGAAAUCCAUGAGGAGGAGGAUAUCUUUGUUGCAGUCGAUGCGCGAACAGAGUCGUUGCAGAGCUUGAGAGAACUCGGUCCCCCAGAUUUGGUCUACUUAGUCAAGCAGCCCAAGGCCAACUCAACCCGACAGACCGGUGUGUACCACCAUGUCACCGGCAUUGACGCUUCUUCGUCCGCUAGCCUAGCCGCCUAUGUCAACACCCUCACAUUUUCGCCCCUCGACAAGACGCACAAGGUGGUAUCGGGCAUUUAUUGUUGCUACAAUGCAUUCUCCCACCUGGAUAUGCGAGUCGAAGUCAAGAUCCCUGGAAGCUUGGAAAGCUACUGUAUUGAUGAGCGAGGAGACAAGCGCGUGGCAACCGAAGCUCUCUGGCUGGAAACAUUCCUUUGUGCCGUCCUCAGGGCCUACCUGUACGCAGAUGAUGGCAGCGGAGAUGCCAUCAAGAAGAUUGUGGGCGUCCGGCGCUUUAACCCAGUCACAAAUACCGAGAUGGAGCACAAGUUUUUGGAUGCCGCCGAGAAGUUGUUUUUCCUUGGCCGUCAGCUCAGCUCGGACCCCGAAACCCAAGUUCCCAACACCGUCAGCAACCACCUGACGUCCGGUAUACUUAAAUACAUAUAUACCACUGGUCGCUAUACAUCUGGUAUCAAUCUUUUCGAGAAAUUGCGCACACGGGAUGUAGAGGUCUCCUCUCUUCUGGCUCGGGUACAAAUCAUGGCGGAUGAAGAAGUGCAGGCUGUGCGGUUGAUGUACGAUGCUCUGCAGGAUGUUCCGAUGGAUUACGCUCUUCUCGAUUGCCAAGCAGCGUUCUGUCAAAGCAAAGGUGAAGGCGACAUGGCUCUUGAGUGUGCGAAGCGAGCAGUGACUGCCGCACCCAGCGAGUUCAGCACUUGGGCUCGGCUGGCGGAGGUCUAUGUCGGCCUGGAGCAAUGGGAUCUCGCACUUCUGACCCUGAACUCCUGCCCCAUGUUCACUUACCAGGAUAAAGACACCCCGCGUAUGCCACAGCCAUCGCGCAUCAUGCUUCCGAUUCUAGCUGAAAGCAUUCUGGACGAGAUUGACGAGGGACAACCCAAACAGGGAGACCCUCACGAUUACGUCCACCCCUCUCUCCGGAAAUUGCAUGCUGCUGGGUACCAAGGAACUUUCCUGAAAGCCUACAACUUGUUGACAAAGAUUGCUGCUGCAAUUGGAUGGGAUCAGCUUCUCAAGGUCCGAAGCGAGGUUUUCGUGAUGGAGGAGGAAUACCGUGUCGAGCGGCAGCACGUGCCGAAGCCUGCUCAAUCGCUCGGAGCGGAGACAAAUGGGGAGGCUGUCGAGGAUGAAGAUGAUGACGAGACUGGCUCUGUAUCGGGAUCUGGAGACGUCGCUCCCGAGGCUGCCACCAACGGCGACAGAGAGGAUUCACAGGUUGAAAGCGCUAUUGAACGCCCCGAGCAAUCGAUGGCCUCCGAGGUUGUCAAAUCUGGGAAUGAAGAUCCCGAUCCCUCUCACAGCACAUAUACACAGUUCCGCAACAAGCGGCUUUGUGAGCGUUGGCUGGACAAUCUGUUCAUGGUUCUUUAUGAAGAUUUGCGCAUAUACACUAUUUGGCGGACUGAGAUGGCCCAAUUCCGCCAACAAGCGAUGGAAUACAAGAAGUCUGCCACCGAAUGGGAGAUUCUGGGUGAGCUUGCUGAGCGAUUACACCAUUUCGACGAGAGUAUCGAGGCAUACCAGAGCUGCCUGGGCACUCGAUUUUCGCCCAAGGCGAUGCGUGGACUUCUGAAACUCUAUGAGAAGCGAAAUGAUACUCGGGGAAUGUUAGGCGCUUUGAUCCGAUUGAUCGCAUGGCAGUACCGCUGGUACUCGGAGUUCUCCCCCGACCUCCUAUACCUUAUGCGCAAGCUGAUCGAGGAUGAGGGUGCUGUCAAGGUCCGAAGCAUCGUCCAGGCCACGAAUCUGCCCCAGCCCGUUCUUGACCUUACACACCAGUACUGCCAGCUUUGCGCAACCUUCCGCAGCAGUGGUAGCGACACUUGA